CCGGGGGCAGGGCGGGCGCGGGGCGUCCCGAUCCCCGCAGAGGCGAGCUGGUGUCAUCGGUGCUGGAGAGAAAUGGCCCUUCCUCUCUGGAAGAACUUAGUUCAGACUACAAAGAAAAGAAUACUACAACAGAGAAGGUUGUCACUGUAUAAUGGUGCUGAUGGCUAUGAAGAAGAAUUGAUAAAGAAGAAACUUCAACAGUUUUCUGGUGGAUCCAUCAACCUUUCCAAAGAAGACAAUGGCAUUGGAAUACUUACUUUGAAUAAUCCAAAGCUAAUGAAUGCCUUUACAGGUACUAUGAUGGUAGAACUCCAGGAGAGGGUAACUGAACUGGAAAACUGGAAGGAUGGCAAAGGUCUUAUAAUCCAUGGUGCAGGAAACACUUUUUGCUCAGGAUCUGAUUUGAAUGCUGUCAAAGAAAUAUCCAACUCCCAGGAUGGGAUGAAUAUGUGCAUGUUUAUGCAAAACACCUUAACCAGACUUAUGAGGUUGCCUUUGAUCAGUGUUGCGCUAGUUCAAGGAAAAGCUUUUGGAGGAGGAGCAGAACUUACCACAGCAUGUGAUUUCAGGUUGAUGACGCCUGGAAGUGAAAUUCGGUUUGUCCACAAGCACAUGGGUCUGGUGCCAGGCUGGGGAGGAGCUGCCCGGCUGGUGCGGAUCGUGGGCAGCGGGGCAGCCCUGCAGCUGCUGGGCGGGGCUGCCCGGGUGGACCCCGAGAGAGCUCUGAGCCUGGGGCUCUCCGAGGAGACGCUGCCGUCCUCAGACCAAACCAGAGCGCUGGGAGAGGCCCGGGCCUGGCUCAGUCACUACACAGAGGGUCCGGCCGCUGUGAUUCGGGCUGUGAAAAAGGUGGUGACAGCGGGAAGAGAGCUCCCACUGGAAGAUGCCCUAAGGACAGAGAAGGACAUUUUUGGAACUGUAUGGGGUGGGCCUGCCAAUUUGGAGGCAUUGGUUAGAAAACCAAAACAUAAAUGAUGGUUUAUGCAUAAGAAAUGGGCUUGACCUUUUUGCAAACAAAGCUUUCAGUAAAGCAGCCAUUAAACUGAAUCAUUUAAUGACUUGUCCAUUUAAAAUGGCAUUAACAUUCCUGCCAUUUAGGUCAGGCAGGCAUAUUUGGUGUGCAACCACAGAGAAAUCCCAGGCAGAUUCUCUACUGUCCUAAUCACCCCCUGAAUAGAGAUUAGUGAAAUUACUAUGUAAAGGUAAAUACUGUGCUGAAAAUAGAACUAUAAUUCAUUUGGAAUGAGGCUGAAGAUUAUUUUAUUUGGUGUUUUGUUUUUUUUAACUAGGAUGGAAAUUAAUUAUUUGAAAGUUGUGAGGUUUAUUCAUUUGUGGAAUAGGUGCAUCUAAAGCUGCAAAAUACAAGUUCCCCAACAUGAGACCAGUGUCUUUAAGAGCAGCUUAGAAAAGAUGAUUACCAGUGGAAGAUAGCUUUUAUUUUUUCAUUCUAGUUAGUUCUUUGUGUAAUUGCUGAGAAAGUAUCCUUCAAUUUUAAUGGUGCUUUUAUAGGAGAACCUUUGUGUUAGUGAGAAGCUUCUAGCACUCAUUCACUAUCACUGAUUCAGGUUUUUAAAUGUACUUUGGUGUCUUCUCACUCCUCAAGGAAUCAACUACCCACACAUGCAUCUGCACAUUCCCAUAUCCUGUACCUGUGCAAAGCUGCUGGCCUGGUUCUUUACACAAAAUCUAGCUGAAAUCUUGGAAGGCCAUGAUGUAUCAUGCCCUGAAAUGGCUUGUCCUUAGUUGACUGGAUGAUGUGAGUACUUCAGCAUUCUGUUAAGAUGUGCAUGGAUAUGUCUAUGUCUUUCUUCAAUGCAUUUUCACUGGUAGGGUGUAUUUGGGCUGAUUGGAAGGUUUGGAACUCAGUCUCCACUUCAUGCCAGUGACCAUGCAAGUAAUUGGAUAAAUCAGUGGGGAAAGUUUUCUCUUUAGAAAUUAGAAACUGACACACAGUGCCUUAAAGAGAUUUAAAAAUAAACAUCUGUGAGAGAAAAACCA